GUUCUUAUAGGAUACAAAUACAAUUUAUAGGCACCUCUACAACCACCUUAGGAUUCAGGCAGACUUUCAGAGCUUAUUGAAUCAAGACUUUCAGAAAUGAAAAUGAUGGAAGCCUACAAGCAGGAAAAAUACAUUCUCUUAAACAACGACUCCGACUUGGAAGAGUUCGACGAAAGUAAAGUUUCAUUGAGGCGUCAAACUCAAAAAGGGAAACUCCUCUCGAGAAGUCAUAAAACUAAGAAGUUUUCAUCCUGGGAUCAACCCCAAAGACUUUGUCAUACUUUUUUUGUGCUGCUGAUAUUAAUUUCCCAGAUAACUUUAAGUUUCUUUGUCCUAAAAAUUCAUCAAGAUUUGAGCACUCUUAAAAAAAAAGGAGCUUCAGCACAAAUGAAAGCAUCUUUUAACAUUGCCAGUGAGCAGACGGAUGUAGAAACAAUUAACAGCAGAAAAGAACAGACGGAAUCUGAAUUCAAAGACUUAAACCAGCAGAGAAUUGCUUCCACAGAAACUAUUAUUUCCAGGAAUACAGAAGAGCAGUCCACAUCAGCUGAGAAAAAUGAAACUGGCAUUCCUAAAGAAAAAAGCCAGGCGCCCGUCAGCCCUCCGUGGAUACAGCCUCUGGACCAUCCAGGACAGGCAUCUGGCCAGCUACAGAAUCCUGUUGGUUCAAAACUGAACGCACUCGAGAAACGUCUUGAAAAUGUCACCACCACUUUGAAUAACCUUCAAAACCGCUUAGAGGAGGACCUAGACAGUGUUUUUUUGCAGCUUUCUCAACUUAAGGAUAAUCUCUAUGUUUUGGAGAAUACAUUGAAUAUAACCAGGAUGGGACAUUUAAAUUCAUAUAUAGCACCAACUCAGCCCUUCCAAGAAAAAGAAAAGAAAUUUUCUACUCCAGGACUGCCAUAUGUAACGUCUAGUCAAAAUUAUGAUAUUUCUGUUGUUCCAGAACCAGCAUCACAAGAUCUUAAAGAUACAGUAGAUUCUGAAAUACUGGAAGAGAAACCCAAGACAAUCAUUUCAUUCAUAAAGAAUCUUUCAGAUCUUCAAGUCUUUUUCUAUGGUGCUGACAACGAUGUAAAUGGAUAUUUAACUUACAAUGAAAUAGCGAGUCUUCUAGGAGGAGAGACACCAGAACAAGAGCAACUGGAGCUGUUUGAUGCCGAUAACAACGAGAUGUUCUCCUACCUUGAACUAAUGAGAGCGUUUGGACUGACUGAAUAAAUAAGAAGAAGGAAGUUCCAGAAAGAAGAAUAUCUUCGGAGCAGUGGCUUGAUUUUAUUUUAAACAAUUUCAUCCUAUUU